UCAUUGCACGCCUCAGGGACUGAGGAGGUCUGGGUUAAACCGCGGAGUUAGUCUUUGUGUCAUAGUCGUGAGGUGUCUCCAAUCUGCAGUCGUGUGAGUUAGUGUUGCCAGAGAGAGCCAUCGACAUUUUUGUUCGGAGUCUGGUAUAUUUGCAAAGGCGUUUGGGCAUGUGGAUCAUGCCUUUGUUUUCGCAUAAGUUCAGACAUCUUACUUUCCAAUUCUCCCGAACAGUUUUGGUGGAGACAGUGAAUUAAGUUAGAUUUAUAUCGUGAAAGUACAUCCUUAAUCUAUCAUUAUAAACAUACAUAGAAUAGAGGUGACUUUUCGUAAGUCGAACAAAGAUAAUCCCGAAUACGACUCAUAGACAAAAAAAAAAAAAAAAAAUAAUAAUGAAAAAUCAGUAAAUAAAAUAUGAAAAACAUUUAUUGCCAGCUCUAGCAUCAUAUUAUUUCGAACUUACUCUGUGUGCCAUAAAGGGCCAGCCAAUGAAAUUGUAGGCUGGAAAAAAAAAAUUGAAAAAACUAAUUUCUUUCUGUUUCGUUACUCUACCUCCGUGUCUUAACUCGCCUUCAGAUUAUUCCACUGAAGCUGACCUCGACCCGGAAGAGCAGAAAAGAAGUAUUUUCUACAUAUCACAGGCUGCGGAUAACGCCCACCAGUUGACAGAAGCCGUUCUGAAUGUUUCAGAGCCUAAGCCACCGUCACCCGUCAUGGAGUAUGAGAACGAGACGACACUUUCUGACGUCAUCUACGCUCUCGUAUCGCUGAUGGAGAAGAAUAUCCAAUGGGUCGUACCCAGAAGCAUGACCAACGCAGGGAACAGCCCCUGUUAUGACGCUGAACAGCCCAAGGAAAUUGAUGCCAGCGUCGUCACACUCGACGAGAUACUGGAGACCAUAGGCGAAGCUUUCAACAAGGACAAGGAUUCUAUCUUGAAACUCAAAGAAGAGGCGCAGCAAAGAAAGCUCGCUAAACUCCGUCUGAAUCUAACAAUAGGAGAAGCAGACAUUCAAACUCAGAGCGAUGCCAAAGAACCAACGAACAGCUUCAUUCGAAUAAAAAAGGGGCCAAAAUUCAUGGAGGAAUUUGAAACCCCACUUCGGCGGGGAACACGACAUCCGAGAUGGAAAUACUCCCUUGAGACGCACUUCACGGACCUAAGCAGUGACAAAAUACAUCUCGAAUUGUGGCACGAAAAGGAAGAAGAAAAGAAGAAGAAAAAGAGACAUUUCAUCAAAGGAAAUCUACCGGAGGGACCAAAACAUAUUCUACUCGCUGAGCUAGUCCUUAAAGCAAAGGACAUCUUAGGGCAGGGAAUCACCGGCUGGUACGACAUGGAGAACCGUUUCGGGGAGGACAUGAAGGCGCCUACGAGAGUCCGCCUCUCGGGGCAUAUAUCCUGCACCAGUGACGUGGAAUGCGACGCCCUUGAAAACUAUGAGAUCCUGCUGAAGUGCCUCCUUGAUCAUGAGAAGAAAAAGUCCCCACAGGAAAGGAAGAAUGGCCCAUGCAGCAAAUUUGACGAGGAUCUGGUCUUAGGAGCAAGUGCCAAAGCAGCACUUCGGCAGUUCGCCUUGGUCCACAAUCUGAGCCCAGCUAGUCAGUGCCUGUCAUGGUGGACGAACGUUACAAUUCUGCUGUCCCCACUAGACUGGCAGCUAUUACUCACACAAUUUAAUUGCAUUAAAUCUUCGCUGGUUGUCGGCGCCUAUUCACUAACAGAACAAGAGCGCCUCAGUCAGUCAGUUUCUGAUGUUAUUGACAGAUGCAUUGCUUGCGUAAAAUAUCUGAAGGAGUGUUUUCCAGCAGCUCAAACUGAACAGUCUAAAUCCCAGUUGGCAUUUAUGUUACAGACAAUGAAGAGUAUACAGACUCACCCAAUGAUCAGAAGUUUACUCAUGGAAGAGAACAACUUCUGUCUACGUAGUGUUAUUAAGGCGGCUCUCUUAGGCUUCUCUAAGCAGUGGUGGAACAAACUGCAGGAUACGUCGGGUCCACAACGUUCAGAAAGCAUAAGCGAUCAGCUGCAGUCGACGCUUGUACUCACAGAUGAAGUUUUUAAUUUACUUCAAAGCUUGUGUGAAUUUUAUGACGACAUUUUUAUGCAAGAAUAUGACAUCUGCUGCUUGAAGGCCUGUUAUCCAGUAAUUGUGAAAGAACUGAUUGAAGCCGUCGAGCCUGUUAUUACGGAAUCUUGUCAACUUAUACCGAAAACAGUGGAGGAAAUCGACGAGGACGGAGUUACAAUGGAUUUCCUUAUUGGUUCCACUUUAAUGAAAAUCUACAAAAACCUUGGACGCAUCUGGCUCCUGAGAUGUCCACACUUAUCGUCGGCAAUAGUCGAGGAAACUGGAAUUCAGAUCUUCAGCUCCUUCUUCGAGGAGGGAAUAGAGAGCCAACUCUUUCUGACACAAGACAGAGAAAACAGAUGCAUUGAUGAGGUUGUCCUUAACGACACUCUAAAGCCCGUGGGCCCUGGUUUCCACUUCAGCGAAUCUUUAAAGGAAGCCAAAGCUAUUCCACACAGAUUUAAAAUUUGGUGGUUUGAGCUGGUAUGGCCAGAUCAGGAAGAUAGAGCUGUGUUUUUGUUGAAAGUUCUGCGAAGCCUUUUCUUUCUAAGUAUUUCUUAUUGCCAGUCGCUUUCUAAGAAGAUUGACCACAUACUCCAGGAAAGUGGCGAGGAUUCUAAAGAGAUUGCCAAUGAAAAGAUCUGUGUCGUCAUCACCAACAUGGCCACCAUAAUGCAGGACUUGAAGGAUUACCAUAAUAUAUUAGGGUACAAUUUCCUCGACUCUGAAACGAGAGAAAAGCACAACACGGAAAUUGAAGCGAUGGUGAGCAUAUCGACCCUCAACAUCCAGAACAUAAUGCAAAAUUUCACCUGGAAGGUUGUGAACGCCAGAGAAGAAUUUCUAGAGAAGACCCUCAUGAAACUGUGCCAAGAAGAUGAGAGUCUAGCCUUUCUGACAGAGGUCCUGUAUCCUACAAUUGACGUUCUUCGAAAACACCUUGAUAUAUCCAACACCAAAUUUCUUCUGGAAAGCCUUUGGGUCAAGAUCCUUACCAUCAUGAAAGGAAUUGUCAACAGAGAAGGCACUAUGGAACCUGAAUUUUAUAAAAGGCUGCUCAGUACAUUGAGAAAGAUCUUUGUAGAUUUGACUCCUGAUUCGGAUGAAGCUUUGGAUGCGCAGUCAGCCGACACUGAAGACUACAGAACUCUGGUGGAGGACCUGACGCUCAUGGAGAAGACCCCUUUGUCACUGGUAAACUUGUAUUAUAAACUUCAAUUCGAAGAGGAAACCAAUCGAACUGACUCUGCAACAGCUUCACUGGUUAUAAGGACUUGGUUUCAAGAGACCAACAAGCUUAGCGUUCUCAUCCUUAUGGCUAAGGACAUCGUAGUGCCUCCAGAGGAGUCUCAUAAAGCACCUCUCGAAUAUUACAUAAAAGUUGAGGUUCUUUCCACUGACAACCUGUAUUCGACCGAGAAGACUCCUGUGUUGAAAGAGGAUCCUGCUACGUUUGAUAAACUGUUUGAAAUUGACUUAGGCGAAAACUGUGAUAAUGAACACGAAGGAACCCUAAUUCUAACUCUGAAAGAUCGUAACCUGACGCGCUCGGACACUUUCCUUGGGGAAUCUGUCAUUCCCUUCUCUAGCAUUCCCAUUGGGGAAUCCUAUGCCCGCAACAGGUACCUGAAUAUGUUCCUCCCAAGCGUCACCGAAGAACGACAGAAGAUUUUGCAAGUCCUAGAUAGAAGAGAUACGGAUAAGACUGCAAGCACUUUCCUGAAGAAGCUAAGAAAGCGUCAUCCAGACGCCUCCGAUCUCAUAAAAAGCUUGAAAAAUUGGUUUUAAGGAAAGUCCAGCAGGAAAAACACUAAUAAUCAGAAAUUAGUUUAUUUUGCAAUGCUAUUGAUAGAAGGUUAGCCCAAUUACGAUGCCUGUAAGUAACGCAUUUACUAGUUAAAUUGUAUUAAAUCGAGCACGUGAUGUAAUAGUGCCGUGUUUUCGAGUUUGUUAAUAAAGCUCUUAUCUCGCUCCAAGGAAUAGACGACAGUCACUUAGUGAGUGAUUCCCUAUGCCAGUACUCGAGAUCUUCCUAGGGUUUUAUAAAGCAACUAGCUUCUAGUGGGCGUGGUCUGUAUAUUAGCAUUAAGCAAAACCUUUAUGAUGGGACAAUUGUCAGAUGUUCCAGAUAUUCUAAACUACCAUGUUCCUUCUUCUGUGAUAAAUGCUUUUAGCAUCAUGUAAAUAAUAUUUAUGUAGGUGUCAGAAUGUUUACUCAACCUUUACUCCGUAUAAGCUAGUCUGAUUUGCUUUUUUGUAACAAAUAAAAAAUUUAAGUACAAACAUAGACUUAGGAAUGAAAA